UCAAAAUUCAAAAGCCCGGUCUAAACUAGAAACUCAAAACGUUUUGUACUUUUUCAUUUAAAUUAAACUCAAAUCUAAUUGUACAGUAUACACUUAAAUAGCUUACAAGUUAGAUGCUUGUUUUAAUAACAACGUAUUUAAACAAUCGGAAUGAGUGUAUUAUACAGCGACGAUGAAGGUUGGUGUAUAUCACACCAACAAUACAUAUCUGAGCUAUACAAUACAAACCCAACAGAAUUAGACAACUGUCAUCACCCUAAAUUCUAUAAUCAUUUUUUCCAUAUCGAUAAUCCGUUUGUUCGAGAUAGUCAAAACGCCCCCCUCGAAAUUGCUGGCGAUUCUAAAAAACGUAAAAGGAAAAGACUAGUUUUGGAGGACGAUGACCUACAUACAAAAAUCAGUUCAUAUUUAUCAAAACUGAAAAAACAAACGGAAAUAUUUUCAAAAACUCUCAGCCAAUCCAAUAAUAAUUUGUGUGCGAGACAAGCGUCUGUCGAGUUUUAUGAAAAAACUAGUGUACUAAAUAAAUGUUUUGGAGAAAAUCAGAAUUCUUCCUUGCACAUUACCAAUAAAUACAUUUUUCCUCCGUUAUGUAAAUUUUUUUGCGACGAUGUUACUGAUUUAAGCAAAUUACAAAAUAAAAGUUAUGACUUAAUUUUAAUGGAUCCUCCUUGGACUAAUAAGUAUAUAAAAAGAAAAAAGAAAGUUAAAAUUAACGAAGGAUACACGAUGAUCCAAGACGAUGAUUUGGAGAAAUUACCUAUAGAUGAACUCCUUGCCGGUGGUUUAGUGUGCGUUUGGUGUACUAAUGCACAAAAUCAUAUAGAUUCAUUAAAACACUCUUUUUUCCCGGCUUGGAACGUGACGUAUGUUUCGACUUGGUAUUGGGUUAAAGUGACAAACUGUGGUGAAUUGGUAUGCAAUUUCACACCUCCUCCGGGUAAACAGCCGUAUGAACGAAUAAUAUUCGGUAGAAAAUGCAACAAUCAAAUGCCGUUUACGAAUCCAGAAGAUAAUAAAUUAAUAGUGAGCGUGCCAAGCUCGGUACAUUCACACAAACCUCCUUUGACUGAUAUUUUAAUUACUUAUUUACCAGAAAAGCCUAAUUGUUUAGAGCUAUUUGCACGUUACUUGUUGCCUAAAUGGACGAGUUACGGGCUGGAAGCAUUAAAAUUUCAGCAUUUAUUCUUGUACGAUAAUUUUCUUUCAAAUCAGUGUACAGAAAAUACGUAAUAUACUUUUUUUCAAUACCUUAAACAUAGAUUGAAAACAUUAUUAGUUUAAUAAUGCAAUAAUAAUAUAUUCUAUAAUAAGUAAUUAAGCUCAACAAAUUACAAAAUAAUAAUAAAUUUUAUUGAAAGCAUAAAUAAUAUUCAAAUAUGAGCACAAAUUUGUUUUUCUUAUACUAUCAAAAUAUUUAUGAGAUUAUCGAGGUAGUGUACACUGAAUUUGUAUGUAACAUUUAAAAAAAUAUAAUUUUUUUACUAGCUAAUAAAUAUAAAUGAAGCGUUUAAUUUAAAUAAUCAAUAUUUUUCUCUCAUAAUAAAAAACUAAAAAGAUCGACUUCAUUUUAAAGUAUGCAUUGUGAGAAAUAUGUGGUUUCUUUGUAUGUAAAAUAUAAUAAGCACAAACAAUUUUAACUGGUAAGAUAAUGUUGAAUUUUAUGAACCAAGUAACAAAAAUUACUAAUGGUUCUUUGAAAUUGAGGCUCUUAAAAAUAUUAUAAAAUCAAACUAACAGUAGGAAUAUUAUUACUAACUUUUUUUAAUGACUAAAUCUUAAAGAUU